AUGUGUGGCAUUAUCGCUUUGAUCCUGGCCAACCAAACCGCCGCUGCUGCGGUGGACCUCCACGAGGCUUUGUAUCUUCUCCAACAUCGUGGUCAAGAUGCAGCUGGAAUUGCGACCUGCGCUUCUGGUGGCCGAAUUUACCAGUUGAAGGCCAAUGGUAUGGCUGCCAAGGUUUUCCAGGAUGGAGCUAAGAUUGCCAACUUGCCUGGAUCCAUGGGUAUUGGUCACCUGCGGUAUCCCACUGCAGGUAGCAGUGCGAAUGCUGAAGCUCAACCGUUCUAUGUCAACAGCCCUUAUGGUAUCUGCCUUGCCCAUAACGGCAACCUCAUCAAUGCCCCUGAGCUCAAGAAGUACCUGGAUUUGGAGGCCCACCGUCACAUCAACACUGAUAGUGAUAGUGAGCUCAUGUUGAACAUAUUUGCUGAUGAGCUCAGCGAGACAAAGAAGGCUCGUGUCAACUCCGAGGAUCUCUUUGCCAGCUUGAGCCGCAUGUAUGAACGCUGCGAGGGUGGAUGGGCCUGCACUGCCAUGCUUGCAGGUUUUGGUGUGUUGGGUUUCCGUGACUCCUACGGUAUUCGACCAUUGGUUCUUGGCUCUCGCCCUUCUCUGGAUGGUGAAGGCACUGAUUACAUGAUGGCCUCUGAGUCUGUUGCUCUUGACCAGCUUGGUUUCAGCAACCACCGUGACAUCUUGCCCGGUGAGGCUGUUAUCAUUGAGAAGGGUGGUGAGCCGGUCUUCCGCCAGGUCGCCCCGAAAAAGGCAUACGCCCCCGAUAUCUUCGAGUAUGUGUACUUUGCCCGUCCUGAUUCUGUCAUGGACGGUAUCAGUGUGUAUCGUAGUCGUCAGCGUAUGGGUGAGCGCCUUGGUGCCCGUAUCCUCGACGUUCUUGGUCCCGAUAUUGUGAAGAACAUCGACGUGGUUAUUCCCAUUCCUGAAACUUCUACCACAUCUGCUACUCACGUCGCUUCAUAUCUGAACAAGCCUUACUGCCAGGGCUUCGUCAAGAACCGCUACGUCUUCCGAACAUUCAUCAUGCCUGAGCAGAAGACCCGUCAAAAGGGGGUUCGCCGCAAGUUGAAUGCUAUGAAGGCCGAGUUCAAGGACCGCAAUGUGCUGCUUGUGGAUGACAGUAUUGUGCGUGGUACUACCAGUCGCGAGAUUGUCAACAUGGCCCGUGAAGCCGGUGCUAAGAAGGUCUACUUGGCCAGCUGUGCCCCUGAAAUCACAAAUGCCCACAUCUAUGGUAUUGAUUUGGCCUCUCCCCAGGAGCUGGUCGCUCACAACCGAAAUGCCGCGGCCAUUGCCAGCCACAUCGGAGCUGAUAAUGUUGUCUUCCAGACUCUGGAUGAUCUCAAGGGCGCUUGCGCUGAGAUUGCUCAUGAGAAUGGACAAGAUGAACCUCAGAACUUCGAGGUCGGUGUGUUCUGCGGUAACUACGUGACUCCUGUCCCUCAAAACUACUUCGACCACCUGGAGCAACUCCGUGGAGAAGGUCGUAAGAUCAAGGCUCUAGACAAGGCCAAAGAAGCUGUUGCACAUGGAUUCGCCAGUAUCACAGAUUACCAAAUUGCUACCAAUGGAGUCACCAUGGAUACCAAUGGCCAAAUCAUCCCGGCCGAGCGACAAGAGCCAGAAACUCGGCCCAAGCCUGAUCAUCAAUCUCAUGACAAAAUUGACGACCGAAUGGACAUAAGCAUUCACAACCUUGCUGAUCACCAUGAUGGGUGA